AUGGCGACAGUAGCGGAAGCCCUUUCGUAUCUACGAACUUUAACCUCGAAUUCACCCAACACUCCACCAGCAGAAAAGAAGAAAGACUUUGACGAGCUUCUUAUUUUUAAUAUGCAGCGUUUAAGGGAAAAUCUCUGCGAGAAAGGGACAUUUCCAGAGAUAGAGCGCCGAUUACAAAUUCAAACAAUUGCGCACGUGAGAGAACUGGAAAAAUCUGAUCACACAUUCGAUGGAAAUAAAGAUACUGUUGAGAAACUUCAUGCAGAUAAAGAGAGUCGAGAAAAGGAAUUCAAAGAUUUUAUUCGGUGGAUUUUCGUGGAAGCAUGUUUAGAACUUGUAAAACUGUUGAAAGAAGCUUUGAUCGGCGUUGCAAUCGAUGGGCAAGCUAGCGGCAAGGAAGAUAAUCAGAAUAGUGGAAAACGGGAUAAUGAGGUACCACAGUUGCCCCCAGAUACUCUCGGCGUUACUGAUCAAAAGACAGUAUUGACAGCUAUUCAAUUUGUGGUCAUAUUGGGAAUUUGUCCAAAUCUGUUAUCUGGUGUGGGUGUGCCUGUUGAGAAGCGAUCUGGAUUUUCCUCAUUACUGAACAUUCGUUGUAGCAUCAAUAAUGAAAGGCGCUUGUUUGAAUGUAUUAAUACACUUGUUGACUGCAUAGAACAGCCCUCAUUGGGUGCAUUGAUUUUGUCAAGACAUUUAGGAGAUGUACUGGCUGGACUUUUGCAGUUAUGUUAUGCGCCAGUUGCCGCUGACUCCAAUAACAAUAAAGGCUCAACUGCUUCUACAGAGAGGAAAAGUGAUAUCUCUGAUUCUAAUACUUCUAAAAUUGUACAUGGUGAGUCUUGUGGGGAUCCCAAUUCAACUACUGAAAAUCCCCAUAGCACAAUAAAAACUGAAUCAAGCGCUGAACCUUCAGUGAAAAGCACCUCUUCUAAUAAACUAGAUCCAGGUGCUCUCUAUGCACUAGAAAAAAAUCCCCCAAACAGGAAAGAAAAAAAUGAUGAACAGUUAUUCAUUACCUCGUCUGAAAGGGAAAAAUGUAGUCAGGAUCUUCAAAGAAUUCUAGAUCGUGUUUACCAGCCGAUGGUUGUCAGAGAUCUCCUGAUGCUCCAGGGGGGAUUGUCAAAUGGUAGGAAACAACCUGGGAAAGUUAGUUCCAGGGAAGCAUCUGGUCAUCAAAGAGUGAAUCAUGGAGGAACACCGGGGCAGACUCCAAGGUGGAUGAGAAAUAUUUGUGGCCAACUUCUUUCUGAAAGGCUCAUGAAGCAAAAUGGAGUGAAAGCUGUGUUGCAUGCCCUUCUUGAAAGAUCAGCAGGUGGGGCUGGCUCUCCUGACUGGAAGAAAUGUGAUGUCAUUGCCAAAUUAAUAGCAAACUGUCCCAGUCAGGCAGAAUCUGUGGAAGAGUAUUAUAAGUUAGUUUCUCCACAGAUAAUCCAGUUGUUACAUGGGCAGAGUGCUGGUGUUGGAAGGCUUUAUAUAAGGACAGCAUCAAGUGUUAUAAUGGAGAUGUUAAUUCAGUAUCCAGAGCUUGCUCAGAGAUAUGUCAUCUCUCCUAUCAUUAGACCUUUGGCCCAAACCACUGAGAGGCAAGGUAGAGGGAGAGCAGGAACUACUGUUGUUGAUGAAAAAAAAGUGGGGCAAUGUGUUGAAGACAUUCACAAGGUAUUUGUUUCUGGGUCACCCAAAAGUGCCAUAAAAGUUUUGUUGCCAAUUGUUCAUCCAGUAUUUGAGCUCUUCUGUUUCACUAGAAAGGGAGUGUCUCAUUUAAGGUCUGCUCUCCAAGAAAUUCUUGUUCAUGUACUAAAGCAAGUUGAGCCAUGUCAAGUACUCCAUCUUCUGUAUACCCUGGCUUUCAAGAUGAAUCCUUCAGAUAAUUUGUCAUUAUCAAAAUCUUCUGCACACAGCAAUGGAGCCAGAAAAGAUGAAAAAGAAGUAAUUGUCAUUCCUCUUAUGGAUGAGAAUUUUAUGUUUGCAUAUGGAGAUGAAGGUGGAGCUUUAAUCAGAUAUCAAAGUGCUGAGGAGCAGUUCAAUGCAGAGAGUAUCUUGAGAGAUUUACAAGGAAAUGACUUGAGUGGCAGUGAAGUCCAAGCCCAAUGCAUUGUGGAACUUCUGAGGGGUCUAAAUAAGGAUGCUAUUGCUGGAGACUUCUUUAUUUACUUGACGCAGGAGUUAACAAAAAUCAUAUCAGACUUCUCGGAAGAGAUUGAGUACAAAGAUGUACAACACAAUCUUUUGAUCCUUCAUCUUGUUGCGCUUAUGUGCGAAAAGCUUGGACCUUCCAUUCUAACAGACACUCCUCAGAUGUUGGCCUUCAUAGAGUCAACACUGAUACGCGCCUGUGCCAUCAUUCAUGCAGAUGAGCAGGGACUGGGACUGGCAUUUGUCACUGAGACUCUAACCAUGGCCCUUGGGAUGUUGUCGGCAGCGCUGAGUGGAGAAGGAGGAGGACUGGAGAUGAAAAAGGAACAUCGUCCCCUUGUUCAAAAUCUUUUGCCCUUACUUGAAACACUUGCUGAGCAACACUCUUCGGUAGAGGUUCGAGAUAUGGCGAGUGAUCUGCGCAUUGCCAUAGCGACACACGGAGCUGUGUGGAGCCACAAAAUGGAGGCUGCAGCGAUGAAUUUUGGGAAGCAAACCGAUGCUGUUAGGAUAAAUUCUGAAUCUACAGCCGUCAAAGAAAACGCAAACACUGAAGAAAAAGACAAAUUCGACGAAGCCUUCUCUCAGGUCUGUGAUCCUUUGAUUCCCGUCCGCGGUCAUGGUCUGUUGCAAUUAGCUUCCCUCCUACGCCAAAGGAACCCCAAAGCUGUUCAGGCCACAGACACGUUACUGAAGAUCUUCUUGGAACAAUUAUCUCACGACGACUCUUACAUUUACCUGGCUGCCAUUCAGGGGCUUGUCUCUUUGGCUGAUGUUAGGGCAGAUACGGUCAUGCCACAACUCGCUCGCGAGUUUGUUGCUUGUAGGAAAGACGCUGGGAUUACCGCUGGCUCUACAAAGGAGGCGAAUGACAAGGGGUACUAUAAACCAGUUUCAUGUGGAGCAAACCGAUCUACCAGGUCUCCUGAAUUAAGAAUGAAAAUCGGAGAAGCAUUGGUAAAAGCCACAAGAAUCUGCGGUGAACUGGUGCCCAAAUAUUCCCAGCAUCUAUUGCCAGCCUUGUUGACAGGUGUCAAAGACCCUGAGCCCUUGGUGCGGGCCAGCAGUCUGUCUAAUCUUGGUGAAGUGUGUCAGUUGUUGAGGUUCUCUCUGGGUCCUGUCGUGAACGAGAUUUUCAGUUGUGUAUCUGCUGUACUAAAGACAGACAAGUCGGCCGAAGUCAGACGCGCCACAGUCCUUGUCCUAACUUUACUACUUAGAGGACUGGGGAAGAGUAUUAUGGAGGUUCUAAGCUCGACUCUGAGGGAAAUCUACCAAUUGUUGAAGGUAGUGGAGUCAACAGAUCCCGAUGACAUGACUCGACUUCAUGCGCAAACUGCUCUUGAUGAACUGAAUAACAUAACGAGAGAAUAUUUGUUUCCUGAACCUUCCUUUACAAAACGUAUUCAAGUGUUACCUUGAUACAAUCAAGCUACAAAGUCAUUUUAAAGUCAACAAAAAUUAUUUUAUUUACGAAACACAUCGAUAGAUAUAAAGAUAACGAGAUGCUUUAUCUUGAGAAAAAAAUGUGUCUGUCGUAACCCGUACAAAAGAUGACCACGGUGGUAAUGCGCAGACCGGUGGAUGGACCUUGGGUAGAAGAGCCGAGAGUGAUAAUGAGUGGGGGUUCUCAUGUUGUGUUCUUGAGCAAGACAUAACUCUAACAGUUCCUCUCGUCAACGUGGUUACCAGAGAGCCGUCUGCCCUCAGUUUUCUUCGUUUCCUGGUUGUUAGUGGCGAGGAUAUGUUGGCUUAAAAA